GUCGGUUUGGAAAUUCAAGUCCAACCCAACCCCGACUUCUCACUGUCUUCGAGCCAAGCUAGAUUAGAUUAGGUACAAACUUUUAUUGUUAAUUUAAUCGAUUUUAAAAGGAUAUAUUCGUGAACAUAACGAUUUGGAAAAGCAGAAAGUGAUGCGGGAGAUCUGCUAGGAAUGGUAAACUACAGAGGCUCUUCUCUUAUGAGAACCUCUUCAACAGCCAAAUUUCUCUCUAGGAAACAAUCUACUACGACCAUUGCUAUUUACAUAAUCUUCCUCUUUGCGUUUUCAAUCUUCGUUUUUCUAUUCAACGCUGGCAACAUUGUGGAAGAUCAACAAAACCCAAUUAUCUCUCACGAAUCCCAUUCCCAAUCCCAAUCUCAACUUCUACAGGUAGCUGAUGAAGAACUUUGGGGUGCUCCUUCCAGCCAUGGUUUACGUCCAUGUGUCAAGCCUACAAGUAGAUAUAAAGCUGCACAAGGGUCCGGCCACUAUUUAACAGUGAAAAGCAACGGGGGCUUGAAUCAAAUGCGCACUGGUAUAUCAGACAUGGUGGCUGUGGCACACAUAAUGAAUGCAACCUUAGUCAUUCCACAGCUGGAUAAACGGUCCUUCUGGCAAGACUCAAGUACGUUUUCGGAUAUAUUUGAUGAGCUUCAUUUCAUCAAAACUUUACAAGGAGAUGUGAGGAUUAUCAGGGAGCUUCCCAAGGAACUGGAGCUUGUUCCUCGGGCCCGAAAACACUUUGCUUCCUGGUCUAGCAUGGGUUACUACAAAGAAAUGAUGCACCUUUGGGAGGACCAUCAGGUAAUCCAUGUUGUUAAAUCAGAUUCUCGACUUGCAAACAACGAUCUUCCUCUUGACAUACAGAGGUUGAGAUGCCGUGCUCUAUACCAUGCACUCCGCUUCUCUCCCCCAAUUCAGAGCUUAGGAAAGAAGCUGGUGGAUCGGCUGAGAAUGCGGGGUGGAAGAUACAUUGCACUUCACUUAAGAUAUGAGAAAGACAUGCUAGCUUUUACUGGUUGUACUUAUGGUCUGACUGAUGCAGAAGCUGAAGAGCUGAGAAUAAUGAGGGAUAACACAAAGCAUUGGAAGAUUAAAGAGAUAAACUCGACUGAACAGAGACUAGGUGGCUUUUGUCCACUAACUCCGAAGGAAGUUGGAAUAUUUCUUCAAGCUGUUGGUUAUCCUCCAUCAACAUUAAUUUAUGUUGCAGCUGGUGAAAUUUAUGGUGGUGAUGCUCGCCUUUCAGAGCUUAUGUAUCGCUUCCCAAAUCUAGUUUUCAAGGAACAACUGGCUACAGAGAAAGAGUUGAAAGCAUUUGCUAAGCAUGCAUCUCAAAGUGCUGCACUAGAUUACAUUAUUUCCAUAGAAAGCGACGUGUUUGUUCCAUCUUAUUCAGGUAACAUGGCACGAGCUGUUGAGGGGCACCGCAGAUUCUUAGGUCAUCGGAAGACAAUCACCCCAGACAGAAAAGGACUUGUCAGGCUUUUUGAUGAGUUAGAAGGUGGACAGCACAGAGAAGCAUCCUCAUUCUCGUACCUUGUACGGCAGACACACAAGAACAGACAAGGAGCUCCAAGAAAAAGAAAAGGUCCUUCGCCUGGAAUCAAAGGCAAAGCACGUUUUAGAACUGAAGAAUCCUUCUAUGAAAAUCCGUUCCCUGAGUGUAUAUGUAGUUCAAAGGUUGUUAAAAUGGUUAAAAACUAAUUUGGAUUCACAUCCGCAGUAUGAACUCAGGGUUGCAGUUUGAGUGGGUAUGUAACCAAGACCAAGCUGGAAGGUGCCGUGUAUACCUGCAUGAAGCAACGGCUGACUGACCCAAAGUUGUAGAAGCAGAACUCAAAUUAAAUUGCUAGAUAGCCUUCUUCCUACAGUUACCUGGCAUAAUGUCGAAGUUACUCUACAGCUAAUUCAUUUUUCUGAGCAGCCCCCUUUUCCCCCUUUCCCCUUUUAGGAUGCGCAUUGCUUUGGCAGGUAAAGCUUUUAGUAUCAUUUUUUUCCCAGGAAGUUCACAUUUUAGUCAGUGAAUUUCUUUGGAGAUAAUCAUUUUUUUUCCUUUUUAUACCUUUAAACACAUGAUGAUAGUGACAUGUAUUAUUAGAAGACAAACAAGAGCCAAGCAUGAUUGUAGUGUAAUUUAAUAGUUUAAUAAUAAAUACGCACAGUUUAUGUAUU